CUUUCAGAGAAGAGAAAGAUGCUGUCGCUGACACGCAGUGCCAUCUCCUCUGUCCUGAAUGGAUCCAGCAGGAGUUCCACGCUGAAUCGAUGCCUCUCUGCCUCUGCCAUCCGAUGGGGGAAGGGCGAGGGCAGCGAGAAGGGCCGGCGAGCGACGAGCCAGAGCGAGACGAUGCUGGAGAUCGGCACCCGGGAGAUCUUCAACGCGGACCACGACAUCUUUCGCGAGAGCGUCCGCCGCUUCUUCAGGGAGGAGGUGCUUCCCAAGCAGGAGGAGUGGGAGGAGAGAGGAGACAUCGGCCGUGAGACGUGGGAGCGAGCGGGGUCGUUGGGUCUGCUGGGGGUGAGCACUCCCGUGCAAGUGGGCGGCCACGGAGGCACAUUCCUCGACUCCGCCAUCGUCCACGAGGAACAGUGCGUCUCUUCCCUGUCGGCGUCUACGUGCAAGGGCAAAACGCAUUUUAUUUUUACUUUUGCCGUGCCGCGUUCCACGUUCGAUCGUUUCUCGACCGACAGGAGCUACGUGAACUCGAGCGGGCCGGGCUUCCCGUUGCACACGGACAUCGUGAUGCCGUACAUCACGCACUACGGGACCCCGGAGCAGAUCCAGAGGCUGAUCCCGGACAUGAUGGCCGGGAAGCGCAUCGGCGCCAUCGCCAUGACCGAACCCGGCGCCGGCAGCGACCUGCAGGGGAUCCGGACGCACGCGAAGAAGGACGGGGACGACUGGAUCCUGAACGGGAGCAAGACGUUCAUCACCAACGGGUGGCUGGCGGACACGAUCAUCGUGGUGGCCGUCACGAAGCCGGAUGCAAAGUCUGCAGCGCACGGAAUCUCGCUCUUCGUCGUCGAGGAGGGCAUGCUGGGCUUCAAAAAGGGGAGGAAGCUCAAGAAGAUGGGGCUCACGGCUCAGGUGAGAGAGGGGAAGCUGAAGGAGAUGUGGUUCGGGGCUCAGGUGAGAGAGAUGGGAGGGAAGAAGGAGACGAUCAGAGACUGAUUCCGGCAAUAGCUUACUCGAUGUCGUCUCACCUUACGAUGUGUUCCUGCUGACCUUCGGUCCUUCGAUAACUUUGAAAGUACAGGUGCAAUAAUUAUUUAUUCAAUGCGCAAAUAUUUCCAUUUUUAAGACAGCCAGGAGGUGUCUCCUCGAUUUAGUUGCUCUACGUUUAAUUGCUGUAAUUGUCCAUUUGCUUACUCAGUGAGUGAAUGGCAGUGACGGAUCCAGGGGGGGGUUAACCAAUGGCCAAGUUCGCAUUCUGUUUUUCUAAUUUCAAAAGCGCAUAAAUUCUUUUCCCUUGGGGUCUGUGCAAUGAAUUCCAGGUUUUACCACAGAAGAAAAACGAACCAGGCGUUAGGACGUAGGGUGGAGGGGGGGGGGGGAAUGAAACUAGUGAUCCCCCCCCUAUUUAACAAGAGAAUAUUUUUCGAGAUGUACAAGUUUGCCACUGGCCCAUUGUACUCCUUCCUUGAAGCGAAUCUCUGAGUCCUUGACCAUCAUGAAUGGAUAAAAAAAAAAUGAAGUAGCCCAUUUAAAUUUUUUUAGAGCGGAGAUCAUGUAAGCAGCGCUUCAAUGCACGUUUUCAAAUGUGAACUCGUUAGCGGAGGAACAUUCCGUGAUGAAGACAAAGGGACUGCUUAGAAGUAAAGACAAUUCCAGGAAUGUAUGACGGUCUGAGAGGGCAGUCUGCUCUCGUCUCACGUGAGCAGACUGCUUUCGUUUCACGUAAGGAGACUACUUCCGUAUCGAGUCUUUGUUUUCUUACCCCUUUAUACUCGAAUGGCCAAACUCUAAAGCUCAGGUUUCUCAUCCUUUCGUCGAAUCCGAUCGAAACUCGAUUUGAAACUUUGUUUCCUUCGAUGCCAUGAGGGUAUCACACCUGUGCACCGUGUCGGCUCCGAGGUCCAAAAGUCGCUCGGUCGUUCUCGCAGGACACGGCGGAACUGUUCUUCGAGGACGUGCGUCUGCCGAAGUCGGCUCUGCUGGGAGGAGAGAAUCACGGCUUCUACUGCCUCAUGCAGGAGCUGCCGCAGGAGAGACUCUUGAUCGCGGUCAUGAGCUUGGCGCACUCGGAGUGGAUGUUCGAGGAGACCCGCAAGUACGUGAAGGAGAGGAAGGCCUUCGGGAAGACCCUUGCUAACCUUCAGACGGUGCAGCACAAGCUGGCGGAGAUGAAGACGGACAUCUGCGUGGGGCGAGCUUUCAUCGACCAGUGCAUGAAGAUGCACUGCGAGAAGCGACUCGACUCGGGCAUGGCCUCCAUGGCUAAAUACUGGGCGACCGACCUCCAGAACAAGGUGGCAUACGACUGCGUGCAGUUGCACGGGGGAUCCGGAUUCAUGUGGGAGUAUCCCAUCGCCAAGGCCUACGUGGAUGCGAGAGUCCAGACCAUCUACGGAGGAGCGAACGAGAUCAUGAAGGAGCUCAUUGCCAGACAGAUCGUCUCUUCCUGAUCCCAUUACUUUUCGCCCUGACUUCCGUGGAACACGUUUCUUGCUCAUUUUUUUGAGGGGGG